CCCUCCAGUCUCCAGAACUCUCCACUCCUUCUUUCUCUUCCUCUGGUGCUGCAGCUGAAAAAUCUGCCAAAAUGAAUCCAGAUGCAAUGACUGUGAAGAACAUGUCCUUUAAGGUGGGACAGACCCUGACUCUGGGGGGAACGAUCAAACCUGACGCCGCAAAGUUUGCAGUGAACAUUUCCCCGGAUGGGAAUGACAUCACCAUGCACGUAAACCCUCGCUUCGACUCAGACGGAGAUCAGAACACUGUGGUGUGUAACUCGUACCAGGACGGUGCGUGGUGCGAGGAGCAGAGGGAGGCCGGCUUCCCCUUCACAGCUGGAGGAGAGUUCAAGAUGAGCAUCACAUUCAACCCGGGUGACUUCCUGGUGGUUCUCCCUGACGGCUCCUCCUUCUCGUUCCCAAACCGCAUGGGCCGAGAUAAAUACUCCGUGGUGAGCGUAGAUGGAGACGCACGCAUCACCACCUUCGAGAUCAAAUAAAAGUUCACAUUUUUUAUGAACAUGUCUUGCUUUAAAACGCAGUAGGAAAGUGAAAGUGUUAUGCAAAGUUUUACAAUAAGUUUUACAACAAGUUUUACAAUAAGUAUCACCCGGGUUUGAUUGAGUUAAUGAAUUAAAGGUCCUAUAUUACGCAAAAUUGGCAGUUGUGAGCUUUUAGUCAUGUUAGAAUGUUUUCUAGUGAAGGUGUGUAUGGAGUUUAAAAACACAGUGGAGCCCUUUCUGUAUUACUACAAAUCCAUGUGAGAGAAGAACUCAUCUAAAUACGCAGGAUUUGUGCGUUACAAUGUGUGUGAAUGAAACAAAACACAAACUCCAGGUAUUUUUUUUUAUAUGGGAACAACAUUAUAACAUAUGUUAGCAUAAUAUGGGAUCUUUAAACUGAAAAUUUUGAUGCUUGCGUAGAUAAUUUGCUGUUUGAUGUCAAUUUCAGAUGGAAGGCAGAGGACCUGUAUAACUCUAUGGGCACUUACUCGUUACUAGAACUAAUAUCCAAACUUAAAAUGAUGAAAACAAUAUCUUUAAACUGUUAAUUUGUGAAGAUUUUUUGAAGAUUUUGAACUUUUAAAAAUGUGGAUAGGCCUCAAAAUGAACCACAAACCAGGACAAAACACAAAUUCUGUAAUGGAGAAUUUUGAGCUGUUUUCCUGAUCUUGAAACUAAAAAAUAGAGACCGUUUUGAAUGUUGUCAUGUGAAAAAAUAUAGAUUCAUUCUUUGUACUGAUCUGUUACUGUUCAUUGGAGCUUCUGCUUAUGAUUCGUAUGUUUUGUCCCCAACAUUCCGCAACGGUGUGAGUUCAUUUGCCUGUAACAGUAUUAAAAUGUGCAAAAAAACAAA